AUGGCUUCGAUGGAAGUAAUGGAGCCAAUUGCCAGUGGCACAAGUGGGAGUCAGGACAUUCCUCCUCCGAAACUGACACAGAAGGAGAUGCGAGAACAAGGCUUGAUGCAGCUCUCAGAUGCAGAAGGAUGUGCUCAACUUCUCUUUCACUUCAGCUUCCUUGCCAUUUGUGCAACAUUGGUGACUUGGAGCUAUCAGCAUGGGCGCUGGGGCCUCUUGCUGGCCGCGGAAGUGCCCUUUGGCAUGGCCGAGUCGUUUCUCUUCAACGGCUUUCAUGAGAUGGUGCACAACACCGCCUUCGAGACCCGAUGGUUGAACACCUGCUGUGCACAUGUGCUGGGCUUCUUGAACUUCCGAGGCGCCAAGUGGUUCUGGUGCUUUCAUUGGACUCACCACCGCUUCACCAACGAUCCCUCGAAGGAUCCUGAGCUCAGUGGGGAAAGUGUCGAUUUGGAUGAUCCGACCAAGUCCUUGAGCGGCUACUUCUCGUUCAUCAGUGGUUAUCCUUUCGGCUUUGAGCGUGUGGCUCGCAUGGCCCGCACCGUGUUGAAGAAUGAAGUGGAUCCUUGGGUUGCAGAUAAGCCAGAAAGUACUCAGAAGGCUGUCAAGAUGGAAGCCAGCUUCUACUUGUUCGGCUACUUCUUGAUUGCACUGCUUGCUCUCUUUCGCCCGAGCACCGUAGGUGUGAAGGUCGUUUUGCUUUGGAUCCUUCCUCACUGCAUUGGUGCAGGACAUUUGAGACUCUAUCAGUUUGCGGAGCACAGAGCUUGUAAGAUGGGUCCUUAUACAGAUACCAAUGCUUGGAUUUGUGCUCGGACCACCUCCACUUGGUGGCUUUAUCGAAAGUUAGCUUGGUAUAUGCCCUAUCACGUGGAGCACCACGCCUGGCCCAACGUCCCUUUCCACAAACUUCAGGCAGCCCAUGAGCUGGUGAAGGAUGCCUAUCAGAAGCAGGGCUUUACAAAGAUCCCCACGGGCUGCAGCCCUUCAGGGGAGGGUGGCUAUUUGUAUCUUCAUUGGGUGAGCUUCAAGCAUAUGCUCGCAAAUGUCUCCAAGGUUCAGGAGGAGGCCAUUCCAAGGAUUUUGCAGGGCGACAAUGUGGUCAUUGCGGCCGAGACUGGCUCGGGCAAGAGCUUAGCGUACAUGCUUCCAAUGGUGCAACUGGUGCGGAAGAUGGCGCAGGCUGAACUGCGGGCAGUGUCCAUCGACAACGGGGCUCUUCCCUCUCCCAAACCCACCGCGCCGCGUCAUGCGCCCCGUGGGGCGCUGCUUCACCGGCCGGAGGUGAGAGACGUGGAAUUCGAAACAGCCCCUGACUACGAAGCCGUGCUUGCCGAAGUUCGCUCUUUCAAAGCCUCCUUCAAUCAGAUGACCUACUUCGAUGAGGAGGAUUGCAUUUUGACGCAGCACAGCUUCGAUGCGUUCCUGGCCUUGGGAGAAGAUGCUGGACAGGUCCUCAACAUCAGCCUGGACAAUGUGACAGGCUUUGUGAGUCGAUCAAACUCAGACAUCUCAAGUGGCUGGGAACGUGUCGAGAUGGAAGAUGCAGAAGAUGCGCGAGCGGAGAAGCCAGGUCAGCCAAAUCUUCCGGCGGACCUCUACCUUGCUGACAGCAGGGAGGGCCCGAUCUCUCAGUGGUUGACCUCGGCCGCCAAGAGACUCCUCCGCGUCCCCGACGCCUCGCCGAUCGCGGAGGCUCUCAGUCCUACCUUUGAGCCUGUGGAAGUAGUACAGACUCAGGACACAAGUGAAGUUGAUGCACCAGAUCCAGACCAGAAGGAUGCAACUGGGGGUGAGCCAGAGGUAAAGCCGAAGGAUUCAGCAUUGGAGCGCAGCUGUCAGGUGUGCCGUGGGCUAUUACGUUUACAUCAGCCCGCGCCCUUUGCCUAUUGGAGCUGCGAUGGCUGUGGCAGUCGGAACCUGCGCAAGGAUGCCAUGUGGGGCUGCUCACAACCGGAUACCUGCGAUUGGGGCUUGUGCACAGGUUGCCAUCCUGAGAAGGCCUUCGGGCCAGAUGGGUUUGUUGGCGACGGGAUUGUCCCUCUUGCGGGUAUGCUGCUAACUGGUCUGAUUUUAUGCUCGGCUUCAAGGUUCUCUUCAUCGAGCUGA